ACGUUUGUCCCGUCGUUGGCUGUCGACUGCCGAAAAAGCCAGGCAAAAUCCACGCAGCUUCGUAAACAGUGAAACAAUUUUCUGUGAAAUCCUUAAAAUUCUACCACGAAAAUGUCGUUUGACUCGAUUCCGAAAGACUUGCGAGGACUGCGCGCUUGCCUGGUGUGUUCCCUAGUGAAGACAUUCGACCAGUUCGAAUUCGAUGGAUGCGAAAACUGUGAGGAAUUUCUCCGGAUGAAGAACAACAAGGACCAGGUCUACGAUUGUACCAGUAACAACUUUGAUGGAUUGAUUGCUGUUAUGAGUCCGGAUGAUAGCUGGGUUUGUAAGUGGCAGAGAAUCAAUCGCUUCCAGAAAGGAGUCUACGCCAUUUCGGUGUCGGGACGUUUGCCAAACGGAAUCAUCCGCGAUAUGAAGAACCGAGGCAUUCCAUACCGGCCCAGAGAUACCAGUCAACGAUAAUCAUUGCGAAUUCAAAUCUACAUUCUCCAAUCAGGUAUCUUUAAGCACUCCCUAUUUAAUAUACUGACAAAUUUGCUAAGA